ACCAGUUUCUUCCUAACCAACGACCAGAAUCACCCCCAGAUGAAUGAAUUUUCCUGGAAGGAUGUUACCAAUGCCUUGUCCUUGUCCAACAUGAUCCUGGGUCUCUUCUCCAUCUUCUGCAGCUUCUGCAAGAAAUCCCACUGUGCCUCCUGGAUGCUUCUGAUCAGCUUCUUAUUAGACAUGGCAGUCAAGACAAUCACCAGACACCUCAACCUCUGUCCCAAAUCAGGAGCUGAGCUGAAUGACUUUGCCGUGUUCACCACCUUUGGCCUGGCCCCAGCCCUGCUCCUAGGUGUGGAUGGGCCUCUGAAUGGGUUCCUGGCCGUCACCUAUGUGUUAGCUGCUUCUUUCCGCCUGUGUUUUUAUUCAACUGCUGGCAUUUCCUUCACAUACAAGGGUCUUCCCUGCCCCUAUGCUUCCUGUGUUUUGGCCUCCACCUCUCUUCUGACCAAAGGCAACACGUUCAUUCUCUCUUGCAUGACCUCACUUAUGAUUCUGUUCAUGAUGGACCAGAGCUACUACCCACAUGAUGAAAUCCUGGAGUCUGAGAACUGGAAAAAAAUAGUUUAUCUGGGAGGUGUCAUCAUGCUGCUUUUGUCUCCACUCUCACUAACUGCUUUUUACUGCCUGAUGUGGUCGCUCUCCUACAUCUUCUUUCCAGAUGCUCUGUGGGGCAAGACAGCGUGUCUUAUGCAACAGCCCUUAAAAAACUGA